UCCGGUCGCGAAGGCGGAAGAGGCCUCUCCAUCCGGCCCGGCUCGUCUCUAUGGUGCCCUCCUUCCCCCGGAGCCGCCGGAUCAUCUCGCCCUUGGGCCGCCCGAGGAGGGAGGAGGGAGAGGCAUGGUGAGGUCCGGGAGCCCCUCGCCCGCCCCCCUCGGGAAAGGGACCCAGGCGUCCGAGCAGUGCGACCCCCAGACCCCUCCCGCCUCCCUGGCCCCGCCCUCUCCCUCGGAGCCCCAGGAAGGGACCCAGGCGUCCGAGGCUCCCUCGGCCCUCCCCACCCACUGCGCCGCCUCCCUUUCGCUUCUGCUAAUUCCAUUUGCUUCCCGUUGCCCAGAGAGAGACUUCGCGCCUCUCGCGUCUCUGGACCCCGGGGUGGCGGGUUCGAGCCCCACGUGGGGCGGAAAUGGGGCAGGGGGCUGGACUAGAUGACCCCCGGGGUCCCUUCCAGCUCCACGGUCCUGAGGUGGUGUGAUGGGCGUGCAGCGUGAGCCCACCUGCCUCCUUCGCCCUCAGCCCCCCUUCCUUCCUCGCCUCCCUGGCAAGGGCUGAGCCGAGUCUCCAGCAUCCGGGGCCUCCUCUCUGCCUAGGGCCUCUGGAGCCCACCCCCACCCCAGAGAGAGCUUCAGGCGCCCCCUUCCCGUGGCUUCCUGGCAUCCCCAUUCGGGGUUGGGGUGGGCCUUGCGCUGCCCCCCAAAGGGAGACCCGGCAGAGAGGCUUGGGGGGGGGGCUCAGUGGCCGCACCGAAGGGGGCUGGUUGCCAAGGGCAGGAGCAACCUGGUCAAGUGAGCGACACAGCAACAGAGCAUGAAGGGGUGGCAACUGCCUGGCGAAUGCCCUGACCCUGGUGACUCUUCCCUUGGCAGGCCAAGUACCUGGCGCAGAUCGUCCUCGUGGGGGUGCAGGUGGUGGGCAGAGCCUUUGCCCGGGCGCUGCGGCAGGAGUUUGCAGGUGAGCGUGUUAACGGAGAAAUCUGAGGGCUCCGUUGGACAAAAAAACAAGAGCACCAGCCAGGAAGACCAGAGCAAAACAGCAGCCAGGAGGCUUGGUCUUGAUUGAAGACCGCGGUGACAGGACUCCCACCUGCCACAAGGUGGAACGAGAUGGAAGCCCCGAACAAAAGAGCCCCCAAACUUUUAAAGCUGCUAAUCCCCAUGUUACAGCCCCCCAAACUCAUACAUCAUGGUUACAUCAUGAAAGGGGAGGUCUGGUGGCAGGAAUCUGAGCAUCCUGGACCCUGCCCCAUGGUUCUCCUUGCCCUCCACGAAACACCCAUCAAGUGGAACAAAAGAGAUAUUUACACUGCCCUGUUUCCCAGCCAAGUUCAUCACACCCUUUUGUCUCCAUCUGGGUUUGUUAUUUCUGGAAUGGCUACCUGUCUGGCACUCAGGUAUCAGGAUGCCAGGAAUUAUCACUCAGGCAGAGGGGCUGCUGAGCUUACAUGUCUGUAUGAAUUUCUGAAGUUUUCCCAGUGAGCCAGUACAUAGAUACAUUUAUCAGUGAAUUGUUACGUUUGGUAUUGUGCAGCAAAGGCCCUUUGAAUAGAUAGGAAGAAAUUGUGAUGAAGUGUUUUGUGGGGACAAAUCACAAAAGUCACAAAAGUGAUUGUGCUGAUUUUGGUAGUGGGCUGCAUGUGCAUGAGAUCUGAUGGAGGGGCAAACCCCCCAAUCCUGCAACAAGUGCCAUGUGGUUGCCCCUUCUCCUCUGCCAUGCUUGCUUGUUGGGGGGGGGGGGAGAGAGACGCUGUGGGCUGCCUCUCUUGCUCCCAGGGCAUCCCCAUGCUUCAUUGACCUGGCGCAAUGUGGCCUGUGGUUUUCUCUGUGGGGGUCCCAGGUAGCUGUCACUGACGUCUCCAAGUUCUGGGCCGGCCAACGCCAGCCUUGUGACCCUGGGCUGGGCGGCUCCCGAGGACAGCCCAGCUGGCAAGGCCACCCUGAGCCCGUUUGCGUCAUGAGCACUGCCAGCCCCACUGUCCAGAGUGGGGGAACCAAGAGGGGUAACCGAGGCCCUCUUUCCAAGCAGCCAGCCAAGCAGCGGCAGACGCGCGAGGGCGCUCGGGGCCUCAGUCGGAAGCAGCCUCCAGCGUCUCUGGCCUCAGCCUGCAGGAGGCCCAGCAGAUCCUCAACGUCUGCAAGCUCAACCCAGAGGACAUUCAGAAGGUAAAUACCAACUUUUCAGGCUUGCUGGGGAGAGUACAAGGCUCAUUCCUUGGUGACUGAGACCCACAAUUCUGCUUUCAGAGCUUUUGUAUAGAGAUACAGGAAACUGUUCUACUGCCAUGCGCUCUAUGUAGGGCUGCCUUUGAAGGUGACCCGGGAACUACAAUUAAUCCACAAUGUGCCAGCAAGACUGGUGACUGGGAAUGGCCGCCAGGACCAUAUAAUACCAGUCCUGAAAGACCUACAUUGGCUCCCAGUACGUUUCCGAGCACAAUUCAAAGUGUUGGUGCUGACCUUGAAAGCCCUAAAUGGCCUCAGCCCAGUAGACCUGAAGGAGCGUCUCCACCCCCAUCGUUCUGCCUGGACACUGAGGUUCAACUCCAAGGGCCUUCUGGCCGUUCCCUCCCUGCGAGAAGCCAAGCUACAGGGAACCAGGCAGAGGGCCUUCUCGGUGGUGGCACCCGCCCUGUGGAAUGCCCUCUCGUCAGAUGUCAAGGAAAUAAACAACUAUCUGACUUUUAGAAGACAUCUAAAGGCAGCCCUGUUUAGGGAAGUUUUUGAUGUUUGAUUGCUUUAUUAUUAUUAUUAAUAUUCUGUUUGGAGCCGCCUUGAGUGGCUGGGGAAACCCAGCCAGAUCGGCAGGGUAUGAAGAAAUAAUAAUAAUAAUAAUAAUAAUAAUAAUAAUAAUAAUUUAUACCAAGUCAGAUCAUUGGUCCACCGAGCUCAGAGUUGGUAGAGCAUGAGACAGAUUUUAAUCUCAGGGUUGUGGGUUUGAGCACCACAUUGAGCAGAAAGAUUCCUGCAUCGCAAGGGGGUCGGCUCCCAACUCUACAAUUCUAUGAAUCUGUCCCACUGACAGGCAACAGCGGCUCUCCAGAAUUUCAGGCCGGAGUCUCUCCCAGCCCGACCUGGAGAUGCCAGUGAGAUUGAACCAGGGACCUUGCAGCCUUCCCCCAUGUGGGCAUUCAUGUUCCUUUGGGUCCCCCGGUCCCUGUGGAAACCUCACGAGGCACACCAGGAAGCAGUAUUUCUCAUAGGGCUAGAACUUAGUGGCUGAUCCCAAAGCUGAGUCUCUUCACAACUGAGCCAUGCAGCCUUCCUGCAGAUGUUGCUUGUUUAUUCCUUGAAUUUAUAUCCCAGCAUUUUUAUUCCAAGGAGCUAGAGGUGGCCUGCAUGGUUCUCUCCCCCCCAUUUAAUCCUUACAUCAACCCUGUGAGGUGGGUUGGGCUGAGAGGCAGUAGCUUCACCCAGGGAGGUUCCGUGGCCCGAACGGGGAUUUGAACCAUGGUCUCCCAGCUCCCUGCCUGACGCUCUUAAGCCCUACUCCAUCCCUGGCCAGGAUGGCUGCAACUGAUGGGAGCCCGAGUCCAGCAACAUCAAGAAGGGCUAUGGAUCAGUGGAACUCCCUGCCACAAGUCACCCCCAUGGCUUAGGUAGCUUCAAAAGGUAUUAAUUAAAACUCACAGAGGAGGAAAUGGCCCCCUGUGCUUAUUAGCCGUGACAGUUAAAUGGUACCUCCACCUGCAGAGACCAGGGGGUGCAUGGCGUGGGCAGGGGGUCUUGUUUGUGGGCUCCCUGGAGGCCUCUGGCCAGCCACUGAGGGGAGCAGAACGCUGGCCCUUUUCUUCCAAUCCAGCCGGGCUGCUCUCCUACUUCCCUUGGUCCACUGGUUUUCCCAGAGCGUGGCAGGGACGGGGCAAUUAAUCGUGCCGCUGGGCAGUUUGGUCAUGCGUGUAUUGUUUGCUUUUCCUUGGCAGAACUACGAGCAUUUAUUCAAGGUGAACGACAAAUCCGUGGGGGGUUCUUUCUACCUGCAGUCCAAGGUGAGUUGGGGAGGUGGAACUGUGUUCGUGGCCCCUCCCCCUAGGAAGCCACAGGAAACUGCUCCUUCCCCUCACACUUAGAAGUUUGUAUAUAUACAUAUAUUUCUAUUAAUGAUUAUUAUUUUUAAUGAUUGUGAUUUCCCCCUAUGUUUUUAGCUGUUCUUGUUUUAUCUGUAAGCUGCCAUGAGUCCCUGUCAGGGAUUAUUAUCAUCUAUAAUAAUACAAUAAAAUUGUGCUUUCAGGGCUGGCAGUCCCUUAGGUGGAAGGGAUGCAAUUAAGAGGCUUUCCUCCCUUUCUUUUAGCUCAUUGGCAAGCUGAGAAUCAUUUUCAGAGAUCCAAACUUACCCAAAAUACAUAAAAUGCAAUGUGUCCCAAGUGUCAGCCUGAGUGACCCCUGCCCUGUGCCCACUUCCCUCUGGCCAAGCCCCCUCAUUUCCUUGGGGUUCCCAGAGAUCAAAGAGGCCCCAAAGCCGAGAUUUCCUCCUCCACCCCUGCCCCCCUUUUCCUUGCUUGCUCCCGUUUUCAAAGCCCUCUGGCGGAUGCCCUUGGCACAGCCGCUGCCCUCGCCCUCUGUGUGUGUUGGCCUCCUGCCGUCUUUUUGGAGCAGCAGCAGCAGCUACUGAGUGCCAGGUCUGUGCCCUGCAGGUGGUGAGAGCCAAGGAGCGCCUGGACGAAGAGCUGCGGAUCCAGUCGCAGCAACGGCGAGAACAAGACGCAGAGCGCAAGCCAGACACGUAGCAGAGCCCACCGGCCUCCCCGUCUAAAGUAUAGCUAGCCAAUAAAUUGCCCUUGUGUAGC